AAGCUCAACGAUUCCGCCGUCUAACCUGUGAUUGGUGAACCGGUCCCCACAAUAUGAAUGGCAACAAGUAUUGUUCGACGGACUCCCAAAGCGGUGGCGACUUCGUGGAUUCCAACAAGUCAAGGUUAGUGUUGGUUGCAAGGGCCGGCUGCGUACUGGGCUGGAGAUGGGGGAUCCGGAGCCUCCAGAGUUUGGGUCCCUGGAGGAAGCGGUGGAGUACUGGAAGGAACAGGCUGCCAAGCACCAACAGAGUGCGGAGGAAGCCCAGGAGGAGCUGCAGGAGUUUCAGCAGAUGAGUCGGGACUAUGAGGUGGAGCUGGAGACGGAGCUGAAGCAGUGUGAGGCGCGAAACCGCGAGCUUCUUGCUUCCAAUAACCGCCUGCGCAUGGAAUUGGAAAACUACAAGGAUAAGUAUGAGUCGCAGCACUCUGAGGCCUGCCGGCAGAUCUCCAGCCUGGAGGGAGACCUGGCCGAGACCACGGCCGUCAGGGACCAGCUUCACAAAUACAUCAGAGAGCUGGAGCAGGCCAACGACGACCUGGAGAGGGCCAAGAGGGCGACCAUCAUGUCUCUGGAGGACUUUGAGCAGAGGAUGAACCAGGUUAUAGAGAGGAACGCCUUCCUUGAGAGCGAGCUGGACGAGAAGGAGAAUCUCUUGGAGUCUGUUCAGAGGCUGAAGGACGAGGCCAGAGACCUGAGGCAGGAGCUUGCGGUGCAGCAGAAGCAGCAGGUUCAGGACAGGAAGCCGUCUCUCAGCGGUUCAGUAAAGGAGCCUUCGACGGCCCCCUCGGCCGGCUUUCCCACCCCGCCGCUCACGCCGCCAGACAAGAGAACGGACGAAAAAAGCACAUCUUCGCCCCCUAACCACCCUCUUCCUUCCGCCACCACGCCGUCCAGACCUCCAGCCUCGGCCGAGUCCUCAACAGCCCCUCCGCCCUCUGUCGGCAGAGGUGAAAGCCUGACGGGGACGCCGCUCACCACCUCAGCCAGAAUCUCCGCUCUGAACAUCGUUGGAGAGCUGCUGAGGAAAGUCGGGAACCUGGAGUCAAAGCUUGCUUCAUGUCGGGAGUACGUGCACGAACAGACGUCUAGUCGCAGACCCCCCGUCCACGCUGGUGGACAGGGGGUGGCAGCGGGCCAGAGCAGCUCCUCAGAAAACCACCCGACCAACGGCCUCUACAACAAGGGGCUGGUCAAGAGGUUAGACUUUGGAGCCGGAUCCAAGCUGCUGCUGUGACCCGAAAAAAAACACCUUUAAUCUUGAGCUGCUUGGCCUUUCCUCCUUCCGUCCAGCCUGGGUGUCCCACGUGUGCCGGUUAUGGUGAGUCACUCAUCGUACGGGCGCUUCAGGACGCGGACCGCUCACAAGAAGCUGCGGAUGCGUCGCCGUGGAUACUCGGGGAAGUCUGUUCCAGCUCAGAGCUACACAGUCAAGGGUUUUUGUUUGUUUGUUAAUAGGACUUAUCGUCAGCACUCGCACUUGGUUUGAACUAAUGUACUGGACUCGUGUCGCAUGUCACAACGUCACCUCGUUUUGUUUGGAUUGUUUUUCUUUCUCAGUCUCUCUAAAAGUGUGUUCAAGCUCGAAACAAAGAAAACUUUACAGGACAACAAAAUCUUGGCAGUUGCAGGUCCAGAAAUUAAAAGCAAGCAUAUGCUAAAAGAAUAUAUAUCCACAGCUUUCUACACAAAGUAAACAUCUGUUACAUUUUUACCUGCGCAAGGAAGGUGAAAUUUUCAGAACACAACUGAAGGGCGCCCGGGGGCUGAACACUGGAUGAGCACUUUUAUCCACAUGAGUGGAAACGUCUUCUUACAGUCAGUCUUGUCCUGUCAUCUGACGCUCUGUCAGCUUAGGUCUAAUUCAAAAUUGAUAAUAAAACUACAGCAACAACAAAGUGCCUCUAAUUUUAAAGAAUUAAAAUAAUAAUAGAUUGUGUAGCCCAGCAAAUGUUUUUCAUAGAUAAACAGGGAAUAUAUGUGUUCAUCUGUACAUGACUGAAGGGCUGAGUUGUUUUUGUGUUGAAUUAGUUUUUUUCUUCUGCUAGUUGUGACACUACUGCGCUCUAAUAAGCGAUGGUGCGGGUGGAGCUGACCUGAGAAGAGUCUCAGUGAGCCUUAAAAAAAUAAAAGAUUUUUAUCACUAUUUCACAUGUUACCAUGAGUGACACCUAGUGGCCAUCAGGGUUUGUGCAUCUUAAAGCUGCCUUAAUAAUUACCUUUUAUAAUAACAAGUCAAGUGCGAAGUUUUGCUUCUAAUAAGGAAGAGACUCGACACCAUCUCUGCAGCUUUAUGUAGCUUUUUAGCUUUAGUGUUGGACGUACGGCUCAAUGACGGCUACGUUUACAUGGACAGUAUUCCUUCAACCAUCCAAUCUGGCAGUAAAACAGCAACAGAACGAGAAACUUUCUCUCCAGCUUAAUUGACAACACUGAUUCUGAUUCUUUUCGCCUUCUGUCCCCUCUUGGAAACCUCAUGUUACCCUGGGUGGGGCAAAUAUGCGCUUAAAGAAGAGAAACGUUUUUUUUUUUUAGGUUAUCAAAGUUUUUAGAAAUUCCUUAACAUCAGACCAGUCUGUUUUGGUAGAAAUAUUUAUAUUCUGGAUACUAAUGGAAUACUAUUGUCCAUGUAAACAAAUAGCAAUUCACUGUACGCUCACUGUGUGAACAGCUGCCCGUUCAUUAGGUACACCAGUGAGAACAAAUGCAUUGUAACAUACCAGUCCUGCACAGACCUUCUCACUUUCUCGCAGACCAAAGUUUUCCGUUUGUAACCAGAAACAUCAGUUUAAUACUAGAUUAGGAUGCAUGUUGUUUGUUCCGUCCCAUAUUUAGAUGCUAUGUCGGUAAAAGAACACGACGGGUGGAGACUUGUUUCACGAUUGCGCCAUCAGAGUUUCAAACAAACCUCUGCAGACCUCGACUUCUGUCUCUCCAGGAGUGAAAUGGCAAACGUCUUCUGUUAACCAGGAGAUACGAAUACUUCAGUGAAGGCUACUUGUGUUUUAUGUUAAAAAAAAUAAAAAAGAGUAUGUAAUAGGUUGUAGUGUUAUCUACUGUAGGCUCACUAACGUAGGCUGUGGUCCAGUCAGGGCGAGUGUUUCCUGUGAGGCCAGAGGUGUAGUGGAGUUUUCUGUUGCCUUAUGUGGCUGUAAAGUGAGUAUAAAAACAUGUACUGCCCUUUUGUUGUUUUUACCUUCUGUGCUGCGAAUGAUGCUUCUGAAAAAGUAAUAAAACUUGAAAUGGAAAAAAA